CUCUCAGACAUGCAUUAUAAAUGAACUCAAAGAUGUAUUGAUGAAUCAAUGAUAUUAAUGAAUAUAUACUCUACUUUCCAGAACUUCAAGACCAUGAAGGAAAGAGCCCAGUGCACAAUGCCAGAUCCACAGCUGGUGUCAGGGGGGCUGAUAGACGUGGCCAAACACCUGGGAAACCUGAAGUUCAGAGUCUGGGAGAAGAUGCAGGAGAUCAUCAAACACACUCCUGUGAUUCUGGACCCCAACACUGCAUCCUCCUGGCUCUGUCUGUCUGAUGAUCUGACCAGUGUGAGUUGUAAUGACCCAGAGCAGCAGCUCCCUGACAACCCAGAGAGAUUCAUGAAGUAUGCUAAUGUUCUGGGCUCUAAGGGGUUCAGCUCAGGUAAACGCAGCUGGGAGGUGGAGGUGGGGGACCAUCCUGACUGGACCCUGGGCGUGCCUAAAGAGUCAACUGACAGGAAGGGGGAGCUGUUUACAUCACCAAAGUAUGGAAUCUGGGCUAUACGGCAGGAUAGUGGUAAGUAUAGUAAUGGAAAGGGAGAGACCCUCCUCCUGAAGAAGAAACCCCAGAGGAUCAGAGUUCAGCUGGACUACGACCAGGGGGAGGUGUCCUUCUACGACUCCAAAGACAUGACACUCAUCUACACUCAUAAAGACACAUUCACUGAGACUCUACCCGUACUUCACUUUUGGAUCAGCUGGUGA